GUGGAGUUGGUUGGUGGUUGUUUCUUGUUUUUUUUUUAUUUGUGACUGGGUGCAGUUACUGAGUUUAACAUAGAAAUAUGAAGGUUUUUUUCACGCUGCCGGUUCGGUUAGUCUGGUAAUUUGUUCGGAAUUACGAAUUUUUGCUUUAUUUCCUCGGAUAAAAAGCCAUUGCGAUGGCAGAACUUGAAUCUUUGAACCCCGACAGUCGUGUCGGAACCAUUGGGUAUAUUAGUAAGGUUGAUGUGGAAUUGAAUAUAAAGAAGGAGGUUGAGAUAAGGGUCAAACCCGAGCCACACGAAUGCGUGACGUGCUCGAGCCGGGGCCGCGACGGACUUGAUAUCUACAACAGUAAUACGGCUUCCGGCAUCUCAUUGUACGACUUCCUAUACAAGUUUACACGCGUAGACUUCUCUGCAGCCGAAAAUUGCCCAAAAUAUAUGUGUAAGACUUGUUUUGAACUUAUUAAUGUCUUGGAAGCUGCAGAACUAGAAUAUCUUAAGCUCAAGCAAGCCUUUGAAGACAUUCUUAGCAGAAAUCCUUUAUUUGACACAACAUCCCAUCCUGUUGAACUUGGCGCAGUAAAGACAGAAGUUUUUGAUGAAAUCUAUAACACAAGGAAUUUAGGUCCUGACUCUGAAGAUGAACCACUUGCAGUUACUAAAAAGAAGAGACACCGAAAACCUGAAAAAACAAAAAAGAAGCUUUCAAAAAAUGCACCUAAAAGAAAGCCAAAGAAUGCAGUCAACAUUGAAAGUUGGCAGUGCAAUGUGUGUGGUAAGAAAGGUGAUACUGGUGGUAUUGUUGCGGAGGCAGCCCACAAGUUGACUGUUCACACCUUGGUUGCAGCCGCAGCCCCUAGCCUCGAAAAUGUUAAGAGAGAAGAUUCAACAGAUGGAACACACAGUCCAGAUUACAGUAACGGCUUUGAUACUGCUAGUGACAGUUUGUUCAAAAUUGAAAUGGGUGAUUUCGAGGAGGAUGAUGAUGACAGCGACAGCUAUAUUCCGGAUGAUAUUAGCACAGGCGAGGUCCCUCGUAAAAGAUCGCGAAUACUAUCGUCAAAGAAGAGAAAACGACGCGAGGACAAAGUCAUGCAUCAGUGUGAUCAGUGUGAUUUGAAAUACUCAUCUAUGGUGAGGCUCCAGCAGCACAAGCGAAAGCACGACGACUCGAAGCCACCGUACAUUUGCGAGGUUUGCGGUGCUCACUACAAGCACAAGCGCGCAUGUGAUAUACAUGUCGCUCUUCAUAAAGGUAUUAGUGACUGGAAAUGUGAAGAAUGUAAUAAGCUCUUCCCAUCUAAAGGUGCACUGCAUAGACACAAUAAUAUACACACCGGGAAACCCAAUUAUCAGUGCGACCUGUGCGGGAAGUCUUUCAUCCACACGUCGUCAUUCAAGAUGCACAAGCUCUCCCACUCGGGGGUGAAGCCGCACGCGUGCGACGUGUGCGGGCUGGCGCUCAUGACGCGCUCGCACCUCAAGCGGCACAAGCGAGUGCACAGCGGCGAAAAGCGCCACGAGUGCCCCAUCUGUGGAAAACGCUUUUCCGAGAGGUAUAAUUUGGUAGCUCACAGCAAAUCGCAUUCCGGUGAGGGUGCGCAAGCGCCGGCGACACCCGCAACGCCACCACCGCGGCGCCGUCUGUUCCGCUGUAACUUCUGCCAGGAGCGAUUCGAGCGCCGCUACAUGCUCGAGAGACACGUAUCCGUCGUCCACGGACGAACGCUAGAGCGUCCGCCACCCACCCCACGCAACACUAUGAGCAAAAUGCUUAAGGCUCAAGCGCAAGCGAGACGGUCGCCAACUCAUUCGUCUAACGAAACUACUACUAAAGAGGAACCGAGCCCAGACACCACGGAAAAAAUACCGACUUCAAGCAGUGCGUGGACCAAUGCUUAUGUCCAGGAAUUUGGAUUGAGACCGGAAUAUCAACAUUGAUUGUUACUUCUUUGUGAGCGGGCAGAGUUGGUCACUCUGCCCGCCACACUAGAGCCAGGCAGUUGACUACUUCUCAUGUGAAGAAAUAACAGUACUUUUACAAAAACCACAUUAACGACAAACAAUAAUAAAUCCUAAAUUUAUUGGUCGUUAAACAAUUGGUUGCAAUACAAGUUGUUGAUUUAGUAGUACCUAACUCAGGUCCGUGAAAUGAUUCCACUGUGACUUAGUUUCUAUUACAAGUGUUUUACAACUAUAUUAUUAUUUUAUGAACCUAACAUGUAUAUGGCAUGUAAACUAGUUUGUUUACCGAUUAAUUUCUUACUACAUAUGUUGCAUAGAAAAUAUAUAAUUUAAGUAAAUAAUGUAUAUACGAAUAAUAGAUAAAAUUUGUUGGCUAUGAAAGUACUAAGCCUGCACUAGAUUGUAAAUAGUUAAUACAGAUAUUAAAUGUCUUUUACGUUUAGGUAUAAAUUAAUCUAGUUCACUGGAAGACAUGUUAAUUAAAACUGUAUUUUUAUACUGUUAUUA